AUGAGCCGCCAGUUUAGCUCCCGGUCGGCGUUUAGCUCCAGGAGCAGUCGGGUUUAUAGUGUUGGUUCCCCUGCAGGCUCUGGCGAUGGGAGCCGGGCUGUGGGAUCUGUGUGUCAGGCUCGGGGAAGGUGUGGUGGUGGUGGUGGGUAUGGGAGCCAUGCAGGGAGGUUUGGCUCCAGGAGCCUCUACAACCUGGGUGGCAGUAAAAGCAUCUCCAUCAGCCUAGUGGGGAGAAGUGCCAGCAGUUUCUGCCAGGGUAGGGGAGCGGGAGGAGGAUUUGGAGGGGGCAGAAGCUUUGGGGGUGGUGGCUUUGGGGGUGGUGGCUAUGGAGGAGGUAGUCUGGGGGAUUCUGGGUUUGGGGGUAGCAAUUUUGGGGUUGGAGGUUUUGUUUUUUCUUGUCCCCCGGGGGGCAUCCAAGAAGUGACCAUUAACCAGAGCCUCUUAGAACCACUUUGCCUGGAGGUGGACCCUGAAAUUCAGAGGAUUAAGACCCAAGAACGGGAGCAGAUCAUGGUUCUCAACAACAAGUUUGCCUCCUUCAUUGACAAGGUGAGAUUCCUGGAGCAGCAGAACCAGGUGCUACAAACAAAAUGGGAGCUGCUGCAGCAGAUAAACACGUCGACUUGGACCAACAACCUGGAGCCCAUCUUGGAGAGCUAUAUCAGCAAGCUUCAGAAGCAGGUGGAUUUUCUCAAUGCGGAGCAGAUGCGCCAGAGCUCGGAGAUCAGAAGCAUGCAGGAUGUCGUGGAGGACUACAAGAAUAAGUAUGAGGAAGAAAUCAACCGGAGGACCAGCUGUGAGAAUGACUUUGUCAUCCUGAAGAAGGAUGUGGAUGCUUCUUAUAUGAGCAAAGUGGACCUGCAGUCUAAGGCAGACAUUCUGUUUGAGGAGGUUGAGUUCCUGAAAUGUUUAUUUCAAUUGGAGCUGUCUCAGAUGCAGACCAACAUCACAGACACCAAUGUCAUCCUGUCCAUGGACAAUAACCGCUCCCUGGAUCUCGACAGCAUCAUCGAUGCGGUGCGGACCCAGUAUGAGCUGAUCGCACAAAAGAGCAAGGAAGAGGCUGAGGCGCUGUACCAGACCAAGUACCAGGAGCUCCAGAUCACAGCCGGAAGACAUGGAGAUGAGCUGAAGACCAGCAAGAUGGAGAUCUCUGAGCUCAAUAUCACCAUCCAGAGGCUGCAGGCAGAGAUCAGCAAUGUCAGGAAGCAGAUAGACCAGAUGUACACGGCCAUUUCUGAUGCGGAGGAGAGAGGAGACCGGGCCCUGAAGGACGCACAGCAGAAGCUGCAGGACAUGGAGGACGCCCUGCAGCAGGCCAAAGAGGACAUGGCCCGGCUGCUGCGCGACUACCAGGAGCUGCUGGGAACCAAGCUGUCCUUGGACGUGGAGAUCGCCACCUACCGCAAGCUGCUGGAGGGCGAGGAGUGCAGAAUGUCAGGGGAGCUGCAGAGCCAUGUGAGCAUCUCUGUGCAGAGCAGCCAGGUGACUGUCAGCGGGGCCGGAGGUGGAGGUGGCCCAGGCUCUGGAGGUUACGGAGGCGGCAGCGGAGAUUACAGCAGCGGGGGCGGCUAUGGAGGGGGCUCCCGAGGGGGCAGUGGAGGUGGUUACUUUGGGAGCAGGAGCGGCAGCGGCAGCGGCGGGAGCUACAGAGGGAGCAGCAAAGGCAGCAGCAAGUCCGGGGGCGGCGGCUCCUCCCGUGUGCAAAUCAUCCAGACAUCAACCAACACCUCCCAUAGGCGAAUCCUGGAGUAGAGGGCAAGGAUUCUGCCACGCCUUGUGGCUCACACACCCCACAAGGCAGGGCCCUCUCCUGUGCCCUUUCCCACGCCCUCCCUAUGAACAAUAAUCCGUCUCUUAGGGGGACCCACAAAGAGAGGGUUUGGGGAGAGCAGGUGAUGAGAUGGCAAGCUAGCUUGGUAAGGGGACCUUCUGUGUCAGGGACUGAGUCCUGCCUCUUGGUUUGUAGCCUCCUCCUUUGCUGUUGAUAGGGAGUGGAUUUGCUGCCCACAUCGGACACCUGUAAGUUCUCUCUGGUCCUGAUUCUGAAUCUCCAUCUCAGGAAGCAUUAUUCCCUGGGAAAGGGAUAUUCAGAGAGCAGGAGUCCUUGUCCACAGGGAGGAAAGUAAUUAGCAAUGAGUGGAGGAGUCGAUGGACAGCAAUCCUGCUUUUCUGUCCUGUCCCUCCUGACAGCUCCAUUCUUUGGAAGUGUGGCCCCUCCAGGACUCUGCUCCGUAGUGGCACCCAUGCGACUUGUCCAAGAUGCUGGACUAUUCUGUCUAGGUGCCCAGGUCCUGAGGAUUUUGAGAAUCAGACUUGGCUCUUGCCAGGGCUCAACCCUGAACCAGUCUGCGAGCUGCCUGUUGUUUGCAAGGUAGCUUCAUCCUCUUUCCCAGACUGCCAAAUCCCAUUUGUGUCCUGUUCUCUGUGAGUCUGAGCCCCUUGUGAGGUUCUGACUCUUUAUUUGCCCUCUCACAUAAGAUGCUUCAGAGGGGACAGGAUGGGGAAGAUAUUGGCCAACCGAGGGGGCCCUGUGGGCCUUGAGAGAGGGAAGGUGGAUUUGCUGCUAAGAUCUUCAGGGACCUCCACUUGCUUGCUGAGUCCUAGCGCAACGUCCAAGUCCACAAUUCUUUUGGGACAUCUGCUAGGCUCAGGGUGGGUCCCCCAGAAAGUACUGUGACCGCAUCCUCUCCUGGUUGAAGGUUGUACCUUGAAGGGCUUGACAUUUCUGGUGUCUCUCUGCAAUA